AUGUUUGUUACAGACAUUCGAAGGGAAUUUUAUGAGGUGGUCGUCAAUCAGAGAGUGGCUCUCCUGGUAUCGCCAGACAUCGAUUCUUUAUGCGCGUGUAAAAUACUACAGGCAUUGUUUCAUUGUGAUCAAGUCCAGUACACACUCGUUCCCGUGACAGGAUGGCAGGACCUCGGAACUGCUUUCAUUGAGCACAAGGAACAGUACCGUUAUUUUGUCCUGAUUAACUGCGGGGCAAAUGUUGACCUUCUCGAGACUCUUCAACCUGAAGAUGACUCCAUCUUCUUCAUCUGUGAUACACACAGGCCUGUGGAUGUGGUGAAUGUGUACAACGACACACAGAUUAAGCUGCUGAUAAAACAGGACGAUGAUCUAGGCGUACCUUCCUACGACGAUAUCUUUCGGGACGACGAGGAGGAUGAGGAAGGAGACGGGGAAGAUUCUGGAAAUGAAAGCGAUGGUGGCUCAGAGCCUUCUGGGAAACGCAGGCGCUUUGAUGAGGGCGCGGUGGAAAGGAGAAUUGAACGACGGCGCGCUAAGAGGGAAUGGGAGGCUCGCAGGAGGGAGAUCCUCUUUGACUAUGAGCAGUAUGAAUACCACGGAACAUCAGCUGCCAUGGUAAUGUUUGAGCUGGCCUGGGUAAUGACUAAAGACACUAAAGACAUGCUAUGGUGGAGUAUUAUUGGCCUGACAGAUCAGUGGAUUCAUGAUAGAAUUACACAUAUGAAGUACGUGACAGACAUCGCCACCCUGCAGCGUCACGUGUCUCGACACAACCAUCGCAAUGAGGACGAGGAAAACUCCCUGUCCAUCGACUGCAUGAGGAUCUCCUUCGAGUACGAUCUCCGCCUGGCGCUGUAUCAACACUGGUCUCUCUACGAGAGCAUCUGUAAUUCUAGCUACACUUCCUGUCAUUUUAAACUCUGGUCCAUCAACGGGCAGAAAAAACUCCAGGAAUUCCUGGCGGACAUGGGUCUCCCAUUAAAACAGGUGCAACAGAAGUUCAACUCCAUGGAUAUGUCAAUCAAAGAGAACUUACGGGAGGUCAUUGAGGAGUCUUCCAACAAAUUUGGGAUGAAGGAUAUCCGUGUGCAGACGUUUGGCGUCCACUUUGGCUUUAAAAAUCGUUUCCUGGCCAGUGACGUGGUCCAUGCUGCGACUGCCCUUCUGGAGAACGUGGAGAAAGAUGAGAGCCCGACGGAUAACUUUAUCAAAGCCCUAGACUGCUUGUCCAGGUGUAAUUUAGACCAGUUACAUUUGGGCAUUAACCUGGCCAAGAAGAAACUCAAGGCCAUUCAACAAACAGUGGCCAGUUGCAUCUGCACCAACCUCAUUCUUUCACAAGGACCUUUUCUCUAUUGUCACCUACUGGAGGGAACACCAGAUGUGAAGCUGUUCUCCAAACCCAUGGCACUGACUCUGCUCUGCAAAUACCUGCUCAAAGCCUUUGUCUGCUCUACCAGGAAUAAGCGCUGUAAGGUUCUUCCGCUGAUUAUGGCCGCGCCCAUGGAUGUAGAGAAGGGCUCUGUGAUCGUCCUGGGCAUUCCCCCAGAAUCUGAUACCUCUGACAAGAAGAAUUUCUUUGGCAGGGCCUUCGAGAAGGCCGCUGAGAGCACAGGUUCUAGAACUCUCCAUGACCACUUUGACACAUCCAUUAUCGAGCUGAAGAUGGAGGACAGAGGGAAGUUUCUGGAUGCUCUCGUCACUCUGCUCUCAUGA